AUGACGUGCGGAUGCAACUCAAUGGAGCCGCCGCCGCCGUUCGAACUCCCACCGCCGCCGGAUCCUUCCCUUAUCUGGCACCUCGUCUCCGAGGAACCUUUCCAACAGGUAUCUAAUCGGACCAACCUAAUGAAUUAUCAAUGUUACAUGUUUUGUAAUUUCUCAAAAAUGAGUGGUAGGAAUGAAAGAUCAGCGAACUUCUCAAUGUGCUGGGAAAGGCUUUAGUGGCAUCUUAAGUGGCUCCUCAAGGACAAUUUGGAAAGGACCACUAAAGUGGUUACUAAUAAAACCUCUACGGAAGCUACUAUUUUGCGUCUUAGUGGUCACUAUAGUAGUUUUUAGUGGUCCAGUAGUCACAAUCGGACCCCUGAAGGGGCCACUACGUUUUAGUCACGAGUGGCCACUGAAAGUUUUUACGGAAUGGCUUCUAAAUCUCCCUAUACCUUUUAUUCAAAGCUGAAGAACAAAUUGAGCGGCCCAAACGUCAUAGAUAACUCAUUUCGUGGCUCGGCGGGGUGUUAGAAGCAUAGCUCUCCUGGGAGCUGCACCAGCUCCAAAUGAAUUUGUCUCGACACGUUUCGGCGUUUGUCUUCUCCUCCUCCUUCCUCCAGGGCCAACAAGUCUCACCACACAAAUUCGAAUGCAAAUUUCUUGAAUGAAAUUCGCCGGGCGACGCAUUGUGAUUCAAAUUUUGUUUCAAUUUUGCGCAACUUCUUUGGAAAUUAACUCUGGUUGAGUCGGAAGUUUUUUAAUUCUUUCCCCAAUCUUGAACUUUGAUGACUGAGAAAUUCUAAGUUUAAAAGGCCCAAAAAAGGCAUGAUGAGAAAUUAGUUCUCGAACCUGAACUUAUAAAAAAUACACCCUAUGGAUCUCGUAAUUUUGAAGAAAAUAGAUCUCAGCGAAAGGAAAAACUUGGAUCACCUCAAAUAAAUAAAACCGAAAAUGGACAGUCGUAAAGAUGACGAACAAUUGCCGCGUUAAGUGCAUUCUCAAGAAUAUUUCUCAUGUCGAGAAGAUUUUCGAGUCAAGUUAUUCAAUAAAGAGAAACAGAUGAAUGGGCUUUCGAGGAAGGAGCACAAAUUGUUGUCGUGCCGUCCCUAAAUAUGUAUUAAUUGAAUUUGUCGGUGCGCACAUCGCCGUCGCUUUUUAGGCCGUGGCAAGAAGAAACGGCCAAGAAAUAUGGAAAAUCCGUUUGAUGAAAACAUUUAUAACAAUUCACAUAUUUAUCAUUUGAAAUCAAAUUAAAUCUUAGGAAAGCCAGAGUGAUCCCUAUAGGAGUUUGAGGAAAAAAAGCCCUUAUAAUGAAUAAAAAAAUGUCUUUAUAAGGUUAGAGUCUAGGUUCUUUUUCAAAGUAGGUUUAAAAACCCUUAAGGAUUUUUCAUUUUUUUUUGUUCAGAAUUGAAAAUCAAAAUGAAAAAAAUCAAUCAAAUAUCCUCUGUUCAUAUUUUUCAUUAAAGUCAAUUCAUUGAAAUUUUUUUCCACUUUUUCUAAUUUUUUUGGCCCUUAUAGGGAGAGGCAAAGAGGUCCUUCUAGGAAAAAAAAACAAGACCUCUAAUAUUGUAUCUGUAGGGUUCGCUUUCGAGUUCCAGAGGCCCUUACAAAAAUAGGAACAGCGAAUCCCAGCAUUGUCAGUUGACUCGGUAGUAAUGAGAUGAAGAAGGAUUGAGUGGUGGUGUCGGAAUGCAAAUUAUCCACCCUCUGCGAAAUAGGCCACUUGAUGGCACGGUCGUUAUGCAAAUAGCAAAUCCAUUUUUUUUUCUUUCCUGAUCUUGCUCCGCUACAUGAAUCUAUGUGUAACAGAAUUAAAGGACUUAAUCUUUUUUUUUCGAUUUCUGAACCAAAAAAAAAAUCUAAUUUAUUCUAUACUUUAAAGAACUUAGUUCCCAUUGCUCUAACCUCAACAUUUCGAUUAGAAGAAUUUUUAAUCGAGUCUCUUCUUUUCGCAGACCGUUUUACCGACCUUAUCGGUUUUUGUCUCACGCUAAGGUUGAUUGAAGUUUGAAUUCAUUGAAUCUCAUCGUAAAAAUUCCGACACGUUGGAAGCCAGUACUUACAGGCGGAGGAAUGCAAAAACGACGCUUUCCUGUCGAUCCUGGACAUUGGCGAGAAGGGUUUCGACAACUCCAAGGCGAUCGUCAGCGGCUCUCUGAUCGCUCUUGCCGUUCUGUCCGUCCUGCUUCUGGUGUCUCUCAUUUGCUGCCUCGUUCGACGGAUAAGGAGGUAAAGAGUUUUCGAUGUUCGCCGGUAGUUGAAAAACGUUCAAAAAUGUUAUGCUUUUCGUCCCAAACUAAGCAAAACUUUUUGUGGCUAUACUGAAACGAACCAGCCAAUCGAUCAUGACACAAGGUUAAUUAAAUGAAUCGAGAAGAGGGUGGCGGCUGUAGUUGGCAUGUCUUUUGUGCUCGGCUGCCAAUGAUUUGGCUUGAGAGGGGGGAAUAUUAGGGCGGAUGGCGACCGUAAUCGAUCUUCAUAAUGAACGCUUGUCAGAAACAGAGCACAGGCUCUAGGAAAUGAAUCUCAUUGGAAACAAUCUCUUUCUGUUUCAUCGGAAAUGUUUUCCAAGGACAAUGAAGAUUGGCUUUCAAAAAAAAAAUUAGAGAAACUUUUCCAUAUACGGCUGUUUUUCUUUCUUUUUGUCGUAGUUUAUUUCAAACGUCACCUGGUUGACCUCAUAACGCUGCCCGAUUUACAAUGGUAGCAGCAGCAAAAAACGAAAAGAAAAGAAAAGAAACAACAGUUGUUGUUCGAGCAGUCCCUAAUCGUAAAUCUUGACGGCGUGCGAGGUGAUCAGAACGCCAGGGAGGCCAGUCUACCGUAUAUCAUCGUUUAGGAUUGUAAAAAGCCAUAUUCCAUCCACACGCCGGAUGCUCUGCUUUUUUCACUAAAUCGGGGGGACGUUUUUUCCCUCUCUCAUUAGACUUUGUCUUUUUAGAAUCCCUUAUUUUAUGUGACGUCCCAAAUUUUCCCCCAAUUCUAUUUCUAAGCAGUGAAAGAAGGCUUUGAUUCGCUUGUCCCUCGACCAUAAACAAGCCGUCUUGAGGCCGGCGGCCCGGUCAAGUGUUGAUUAGCCCGUUAAUAUCGCCUCGUUCAAUUUUUCGACGUUCCGCUUUGUUGGAAAACAAGAACAACCAAAGAGUCUAUGACGAUAUUUGCUAGAAGAAUGUCCAAAGUACGCCACGGUGGUCCCUAGAGGAGUUAGGAAAAAAAAACAGGCCUUUUUGGUACCUAUAAAGGUUUAUGGUCUGAUUCCAAGGCCUACUACAGGGUUUUAGAUGUAACCCUUAAGCUUAAUAGACACCUAGAGGGAUCUUUUAGUUUUUUGUUCACAUUUUGAAGUUAAAAAAAGCUUGACAAUCCUUUCUUGAUACUUUUAAUUUUAAAAAAAAACUGUUUUAUUGACUUUUCCUCAUGGAAUUUCAUUACAAUGAACAGCUAGCCUGUUUCCCUAGAGUGGCCACUAGCUGAAACCUUGGCCACUUUUGCAAGCUUCAUUGCCCCCAUGAGGGACCUUCAAGUGCCCCUAAAGUUGCACUCUGACGUUCUUCAGUUAUCUCUUAAUUUCUUAAAACUUUCAGCAAAAAAUGCUCUAAGAGUUUUGAGGAGCAAAAUUUGAAUUUUGGAGCACUUCAUAGAAAGUUUCGUCCAGAAGCGCACCACAUUUCCGUCUUCAGCAUUGUGUAGAAUUGGCGCGAAAAGUGGCACGCAAUAAUUCACUUUUGACGCCAAAAUGCUGCACUUCAUCAGACCCUAUAAUUUUCUUGUCCUUCUGAACAUCUUGAAUAAUUUGAAGCUGCAAGGAGCAUUUAGAGUAUUUUCCGAAAGAUUCAAAAGUAAUAACAGGAGAAAAGAUUCUCUAAUUAAAAACAAUUUUCAGGAAAAUGAUCGCGAACCCCGCUACCAAGACGAUCUCUUCCGACGCCAUUUUGGUUUCCGGCGAGAACCUCUGGACGUACAACUCCAUGAAAACGUCGAGAAAUGUAAGAAUCCUUUAAGAAAAAUAAAGAAACUACUUUUCUCAAUAUACAGGGGUCGAUGGGCGUUUUGAUGUACACGAACAGCUCGAAUGCCGGCAGUCGGCAUUUCCAACAUACGCCGGCAACCAUCAGGUACCUAUAAGAACAACUUCAGUUAUUGGUUGCAAACAGACACGAUGAAACAGCUUUUUCUUGCUUUGUGAAAAAAAGUUACAUCAAAAUUAGAGAGCUGAGUCCGAAUAAAAUAUAAGAUUUUUUCGCGCGUUUUCUGUAGUUUCCCUUGAUACUCGCUCCGAAAAAAAUACCUCGAAAGUCUCAACCUCUUCGAUUAAAUCACUUUUGAGAGCCUAAAUUUUCAACCCUGGGGCGAAAACUGCAGAUCUGUUCAAAACUUGUGUUGUAGGUUAUCCUAGGUAUGAGUACUAUAAAAUAAAUAGAAUUAUCUGCAAAGCGCCAUUAAAUACUGAGGGUGUGAAAAUAAAGGCUUAGAAACUGAUUUCGUUGCGUUUUUGGUUUCUCAAAAAACUUCUGCGGUUCACUUUAUUAUAGAAAAACGAGAAAGAUACAUUUUCUGACGAAAAUCCAGAAGUUGACCUUUUUCUGUAAACUCUCGACGGGCUGCUUUCCAUUCCAAGAUGGUUUUUCAUUGUUCUCGAGUACUCGUACCUAGGACUACCUACUGGGAAGAACUCUAGUGGUCCCUUAAAAGGUUCCUCAAGGACUAUUUGGAGAGGACACUAAAGGGGCCACUAAAACCACCUUCUGUGUGAUUUUUAAAGAGGUCACUUAAUUUAAGUCCCUGAGCACUAGUUCGACUGUUUUAGUAAAAUCCUAAAGUAGCCAUUUUGCCAGUUAACCGAAUGUUUGGACCAGAUCUGCGAUGUUCGCUACACAUACUGCCGUUGUCGACAUUUAGAGAUUUUUUCAUGAUAACUUUUCAGAUCGUACAUCAGUGGCACCCCGAUAAUGUCGCACUCCCUGCGGCACUCGGAGUCGACGACUCUUCGGCUUCAUCCGAACGACGCUUCGGCCGCCUACCACACUGUCGGACGUCACCUUCAGAGCCCGCCCUCUGAACACUACGAAGAGAUUCCGGCAUUAGGUUGGUUUGGAAGAUAUAAUAAGGCCGAAAUGGGAGGUCAUUUCAACUUUCCGAUGGAAGUUUCCUGGAAGUUGCUCAGAAGGUUUCUUAAAGUACCAGAAGAAGUUCCUGAGAGUGACGGUGUAGACUUUGAAUAUCUUCAUCCGAUACAUCAAAAAGUUCAAUUUUUCGGAAAAAAAAAAUUAUCUUCUUAGGAUACCGCUUUUCUCUGACACAAAAAGGUUUAAAAGUCAAAAUUGAAGAUCAAGUAGACUUGAAUAUCCCAAAUUGUUGAACUAAAAGAAAUAUUGAAAAAUUUUUGAAGUCUGAGCUCUGAGUCGAAAAAAAAAAGAAAAAAAAAACGGAGGAAAGAAACGCCGAAACUGCUUCUUUUAGAACCAUCUGGUGCCCUCAAGAAUCCAUGGUUCUCGAAAUAUCAAUUUACAAUUUACAAUUUAUUCAGUCUUCAGAGUCAGAUGUAUAAAAAAUCUCUGCUGAAUCAUGGUAUAAUCGAAGAGCUAGUCGUCGGCGCGGGUUACGGUCCACAAUAUUUGUUCAAUAAGUGCCGGCGUGACAGCUAGCGUUGGGAAAUACUGUAAGCCCGUUGGUAGUACCAGCGAAUAAACUGCUUCACCAUGUUGGAACAGUACAGCGCCCAGCUUGUCCAGGGCUGACGGGCGUCGGAAUAUUAUCCCAUGAGAGAGCGGCAAUCAGAAUCGACGUGGUGAAAUGAAAUAAUAAAUUUUUUUAAAUCAAUUUUUUUGUCACUCAAACUUUAAAAAGUUCUCAUAUUUCGGCCCAAAAAAGUUUUCAAAAAUAAUUAAAAAUCGACUCAGGAUCUCUGGGCUACAUGCCAGCACGAGGUGUUCCGACUGCCACUACGUCCUACGGUAGAAAGUCGCUGCGAAAGCCGCCGCCGUCGAGUCGACCGCCACCGCCGCCCGUUAAGACGCCAUACUCACCCCCCGGCAGCGACUGCAGCAGCGACAAAGAGCUCACUGGGUACACAGACGAGACUAUCCGAUUUCAUCCUUCAAAAAGUCUUUCCAGAAUAUCAUCGACGGAUUCGCCGCCUCUCCGGAAAUGGGAAGAAGCCGAGUCGUCGAGGUCACGUCAGUCGGGCGACAAUGGCCGUGAGAGUGGCUAUGGUACAACGCCCAGCCUGCAGUGGAGAAGCCCCUCGGGCAGCGCCCGGUACCCUUCCGAAGGACGAAACCGUUUCACUUACAGUACUCUUUUUAGGGAUGCCGAACUCGGCGCUUCGAAGGGCUUCGAACUGUCAAACGCUCCCCACUCUCAAUCAAUGACCUACGUGUAA